CGGGGCGGGGCCGGCCGGGGCCCGGUGACCUUGCGGGGAGGGGCGGCCAGACGGACCCAUCGCCAUGCGGGGAGCGAGAGCGGCCCCCGGGCUGUGCCUGCGGCUUCUGCGCCAGCCCCCCCGCGGCUCUGGGGGGGCCUUGGCCCCGACGUACCCCGGCCCCCUGAUCCCCUGUCUGUACAGCACCCAUGCUGCCGAGGCUGUGCUGGAUAAGGCUGGAGCAGGGACGGCUUCCCAGACCGUCUCCAAGACCAAGUCCGUCCUGGAGGAGUCAAAGUCUUUCGCUGUGGGGAUGUUCCAGGGUCGGAUGAGCAUGGAGCAGGUGUUCCCCUACCCCUCAGUGCUGACUGAGGAGCAGGCCCUGUUCCUGAAGGAGCUCGUUGGACCCGUUAGCCGUUUCUUCCAGGAGGUGAACAACCCGGUGGCGAACGACUCGCUGGAGCGGGUGGAGGACCGGACCAUGCAGGGAUUGAAGGAGCUGGGGGCCUUUGGGCUGCAGAUCCCCCCCGAGCUGGGGGGGUUGGGGCUGAACAACACCCAGUAUGCCCGGCUGGUGGAGAUCGUGGGGCUGCAUGACUUGGGUGUGGGGAUCACGCUGGGGGCCCAUCAGUCCAUCGGUUUCAAGGGGUUGCUGCUCUACGGGACGCCCCAGCAGAAGGAGAAAUACCUGCCACAGCUGGCCACAGGAGAGACCAUCGCUGCCUUCUGUCUGACAGAGCCAUCCAGUGGCUCGGACGCCGCCUCCAUCCGCACCACGGCCCGGCGCAGCCCCUGCGGCUCCUACUACACUCUGGAUGGGGGCAAGAUCUGGAUCAGUAAUGGGGGGCUGGCCGACCUCUUCACUGUCUUUGCCAAGACCCCCAUGAAGGACGAGGCAACGGGUGAGGUGAAGGAGAAGAUCACUGCCUUUAUCGUGGAGCGAGCCUUUGGGGGGGUCACCCAUGGCCCCCCCGAGAAGAAGAUGGGGAUCAAGGCGUCGAACACGGCUGAGGUGCACUUUGAAGGCGUGCAGGUGCCGGCAGAGAAUGUCCUGGGGCCGCUGGGCUCCGGGUUCAAGGUGGCCAUGAACAUCCUCAACAACGGGCGGUUCGGCAUGGCUGCCGCACUGGCUGGGACCAUGCGGGGCGUCAUCGGCAAGGCCGUGGAGCAUGCAGCCAAUCGCACCCAGUUUGGGGACAAAAUCCACAAUUUUGGAGCCAUCCAGGAGAAGUUGGCGCAUAUGGCUAUGCUGCAGUAUGUCACUGAGUCCAUGGCGUACAUGAUCAGCGCUAACAUGGAUCAAGGAGCAGCCGAUUUCCAGACGGAGGCAGCCAUCAGCAAAAUCUUUGGCUCGGUGAGGCUCUGUGGGGUGGAGAAAGGGGCCUGGUUUCAGGCCUAUUGA